AUGAAAAUUGGCGUUAUCUCCGAUCUGCAUACCGAUGUCACCCCGCUGAAUAAACAGAUUCUUCCGCAUAUCGUCGAAGCGGUAGAGAAAGCAGGCUUGGAUAUCUUCAUCCUCGCUGGCGAUCUAUCGCCCAACCUGCUUGAACUCGCCAACAUCCUGAUUGCAUUCACCGAAUCCAACUUGAAUUGCCCAAAAUUAUUCGUUCCCGGAAACCACGAUAUUUGGGUUAGCGAACAUCCCGAUAUUACAAGCGAGCAGAAAUACGAUGCCAUCGCGGUAGCCUGUCGUGAGUGCGGUUUCCAUCCACUGGACACCGCGCCCUUCGUUAAGAACGGCGUCGGAUUCUGUGGUACAAUUGGGUGGUAUGACUACUCAUUUCAAUGCAAGGAGUACAAUUUUUCAGAGGAGGCAUACGCGUCGAAACAGUUAUCGGGAUCCGUUUGGAAUGACUCAAAUUAUGCAAAAUGGGAUGGAACAGACCCGGAAAUUGCUCAUCGAUUUGAGAAUAAGUUGCGGAACCAGAUCGGUUCAAUCAGAGAUUCCGUCUCACAAAUCGUUGUGACAACCCACCACGUCCCCUUCCAAGAGUGCGUCCGCUCUCGCGGAACAUUGCCGUGGGAUUUCUUCAAUGCGUAUAUGGGGAGUCAGGGACUCGGCAAGACCUGCCUUGAAGAACAGCUUGUCACGCACUCUCUCUUUGGACAUACGCACGUUCCAGUUCGGCAGCAAAUUGGCAAUGUUACCGCAAUCUGUUCUCCGAUUGGUUACCUACAUCAGCCUCCCGCGUGUGAUUUAUCUGUCUAUGCACAGGAAAGGCUUACCUGCUUUGAGCUUUGA